AUGGUUCAGUUGGAUUUGCAUGCUAAGCCUGGAAAGGAUUAUUAUCUAUCCAUUGGACUGGAAGGUUCUGCUAACAAAUUGGGUGUUGGAAUUAUACGACACCCUCUGGGAAACCUAACCCCCACGAACAAGGCGGAAGUACUGGCCAACAUUAGAGACACGUACAUUACGCCCCCAGGAGAGGGAUUUUUACCUCGAGAUACCGCAAGACAUCACCGUAAUUGGGUGGUUCGGUUGAUCAAAAGGGCAUUGCAUGAAUCUGGGAUCCGUGGUACUCAAGUCGAUGUCAUUUGCUUCACCCAAGGACCAGGUAUGGGUGCGCCGCUGCAGAGUGUUGUUGUUGCCGCCAGAACUCUCUCACAGAUGUGGGAGAUUCCCCUUGUUGGUGUGAACCAUUGUGUCGGUCACAUAGAAAUGGGAAGGGAGAUCACAGAUUCGCAAAACCCUGUGGUACUCUAUGUGAGUGGUGGAAACACUCAAGUGAUUGCCUACUCGAGACAAAGGUACAGAAUAUUCGGCGAAACACUUGAUAUUGCUAUAGGUAAUUGUCUUGAUCGCUUUGCCAGGACAUUGAAGAUCUCAAACAACCCUUCUCCGGGCUACAACAUCGAACAACUAGCCAAGAAGGGCAAGAACUUUGUGGAUUUGCCAUAUACCGUCAAGGGAAUGGAUCUAAGCAUGUCUGGAAUUUUAGAAUAUAUUGACAAUCUAGCCAACGACUUGUUCAAGGGCAAGAAAAACAAGAUCUUGAUGGCAUCUUCAGGACAGAUCACUGUCGAAGACCUCUGUUUCUCGCUACAGGAGUCACUGUUUGCCAUGUUGGUUGAGAUAACUGAGAGGGCAAUGGCUCACGUCAAUUCAAACCAAGUUUUGAUUGUGGGAGGUGUUGGAAGUAACGUCAGACUACAGGAAAUGAUGGCAAUCAUGGUGAAAGACAGAAACGGAAGCAUCUACGCUACAGACGAGCGGUUCUGCAUAGACAAUGGGAUAAUGAUCGCCCAUGCGGGCCUUUUGGCCUACAGAAUGGGCCAAGUUACAGAACUCAAGGGUUCUGUUUGCAGCCAAAGGUUUAGAACUGACGAAGUUUUCGUUGAGUGGAGAGAUUAA